CGAGACAAGCAAACGGUGUUUUGAAAGUUCCUGCAGAAAGAGGAGCGUGGAGCAGGGGAGAGAGGGAACCUUGAUAUAAUCACACUCCUCCACACUUUGCAAUCUCGACAGUGUUUGGGAGAUGAACACACACGCAGAUCGUGUGCAGGUGCAGCGGUGGUCCAGUAAAGAAAAAUUCGAGGGUCAACCAUGAAAUCCAGAAGUCAGGAUCACAGCUUGUCUGAGUCCACGGAACUGGACCGAUCUUACGACCCACUCACAGGUAACCCGCCAUAUAAAGCCACUAAAAGGACCAUCAAGCAGCGAUUCCUCAAACUGCUGCCUUGCUACCAUUCUGGUUCCAGCUCAUCCCUCAAUCAAAGCAAGUGUCCCUCCACGUCUUCUUAAUCUUAUAAUCCAUAUUCUUUGCUGUAACGGUGUGUUUUGUGUCUCUCUGCCUGUGCAGACAGUGUGAGUGACGAUGCCGAUCUGUUGGCAGUGCGUUACCGACCCGAAGGCCUCGAACAUCUCAUGGGGCAAACUAGCUUUAGUAAGAAAGAGCUCCAAGUCCUCUAUAGAGGAUUCAAAAAUGAGUGUCCCAGCGGUGCAGUGAAUGAGGAGACAUUUAAAAGCAUCUAUUCUCAAUUUUUUCCUCAGGGAGAUACAAGUAUGUAUGCACAUUUCCUGUUUGUGGCUUUCGACACUCACAACAGUGGAUCUGUCAACUUUGAGGACUUUGUCCUAAGUCUGUCCAUCAUCCUCAGAGGCUCCAUCACAGAAAAACUCAACUGGACCUUCAACCUGUACGACCUCAACAAAGAUGGCUGCAUCACUCGAGAGGAGAUGACAGAUAUCAUUCAAUCCAUUUAUGACAUGAUGGGCACGUAUACGUAUCCCUGCAUGAGGGACAGCGCUCCCAGGGACCAUGUGGAACAAUUCUUCCAGAAAAUGGACAAGAACAAGGACGGCGUCGUCACCAUUGAGGAAUUCCUGGAAACAUGCCAAAAGGAUGAGAACAUCAUGCAGUCCAUGCACAUGUUCGAUAACGUCAUCUAAAGGUGGAGUCGAAUGUUCCUACAAUUGGAGCUCCUCCUCAGCGCUGCAGUAUGUGCGUGCGUGCGUGCAUGUGUGUGUACUUGGUGGACUCAAACACGUCACCUCAGAGUGACAAAAUCGCUUCGGUUUGAUUCAAAAUAGAAGUGGGAUCUGUUCUCUGGUAGAAUGGUUAGCAUGCCUGCCCCAUAGUUCACGGUUUGAAUUUGACCUUCCUGUGUGGCGUUUGCAUGUUCUCUCCAUGCUUGGGUGUCUUUUCUCCAACUGCUGAUAGAUAAAGACUAAAUUGUCCAUAGGUGUAAAUGCCAGUACAAAAAUUAAUUUGUCUUCAAGGUAUGCUGUGAUGAUUCGGUGGCUAGUCCGUGGAGUACUGGCACUUAUCGAUUUUAAAAUGUUGGCAAAUAUAUUCUGACAUAAACUCUUCAUGGGGUUGACCUCUUCUUUAAUUCUCCUCAGAACAGAUAUUUACCCUGACACGUAUGAUACACACAGGACAGACGUGAGGCUGUAAAAUAAGUAAUGGCUGUGAAAUGCAAUAACGUGGACAUGAUGUAAAGUCACUUUGAUGGAUAUUGUGAUAUUUACUAUGAGCGUAUUGUGUCUGCAUGACGUGUGCAGUCACAUAAGCGUGUUGAAAUAGUUUUGAUAGGAAUGUGAUGAUGAUGGAUGACAAUAAAACCUCACAGUUAUGAUCUAACAA